AUGAAGAUACAUGCGAACUUGCUGAGUACAACAGUAUACAACGCCACGCAGACCUGCUUGUGUUUCAUAUCUAUCAGCUUGCAACUGCAAUAUGAGUUCCCCUCAGUAAUAUUCAUCAUCAUAACUUUAUACAUUUCUGCAUGUGAUAGACGUCAAUUUUUUUUAUCUCAAGAGAAGAUUUUUUUGAAAAUUUUGGGAGCCAUGAUAAGAAUGAAGGAGGAGGGGGAGGCGCAGGGACACUUGGAAGACUUGCUUGAACCUUUGGGAGACUUGCUUGAACCUUUGAUGUGCACGUUGAGGUAUUUGAGUUGGGAAGUUUUGAUCUAUCAACUCUACCUGUUCUCGUUGACUUACUGCAUGAUUUGUCAAUUGAGCUGUUUUGUAAAUCCAAUUCGUCGCUUCUUGGAAAUAGGUUGUUAA